AUGCCUAUCGGAAAGAUUCCUCAGUCGUCGUACUACGACAAGUACAACCGACCCACCGCCGCUCUCUACCGUGCUCGCCAGCCGUACAUUGUCAAGAAUGCUCUGACCGGUCUGGCCAUCUUUGGUUUCGCUAUUGACUCCUUCACUAUCCGCGCAGUCGCACAAGACGAAUUCGAAGAUGUCGUUGUUCCCGAUGCGCCCGCCACACCAGGCCAUGCUCCUCACACUAGCAACGUGAGGCAGGUUGCUCCCAAAUAA